AUGGCCGCCCCCAAGAUGGCUGCCCCCAAGGCUGGCAUGGCCAUGGGCAACGCCUCCAUGGCCUCCAAGCCCGCCGCCAUGGCCCCCAAGGUGCCCAUGAUGGCUGGUCGCCGCGACAGGUUCUGUGUGCACGGCUUCCACCAUCUGGAGUUUUGGACCGCCGACGCCACCAACACCAGCAAGCGCUUCCAGCACGGGCUCGGCAUGAGCCUGGCUGCCAAAUCCGACUACAGCACCGGAAACAGCCAAUGCGCCAGCUAUGCUCUGCGCAGCGGGGACGUCCUCUUUGUCUUCACCGCCCCCUACUCCAUUGCAUGCCACGCGGCCGCCCGCGCUUCGGGCGGCGCGGCGGGCGGCGGGGCGCUGCCUGGGUAUGACCUGCGCGCGGCGUACGACUUUGUCAUGAGGCACGGCAUGACAGUCAGGGCGGUCGGCGGCGGCGGGGCGGCGGUGGUGGCUGAGGUUGAGCUUUACGGGGACACUGUGCUGCGCUAUGUCAGCGGCGACUGGCAGGGCCCCUUCCUACCCGGCUACGCCGCAGAGCCGGGCCCACCCGGCCCCACCUUUGGGUUGUCGCGCAUUGACCACGUCGUGGGCGCCACCCCCAGCCUGGUGGAGCACGCGGCGCGCAUCAAGGGCUUCACCGGCUUCCACGAAUUUGUUGAGCUUCUCGCGGAUGAUGUCAGCACCGCCGCCAGCGGGUUCAAUGCCACCGCCCUGGCCAAUGACAGCGAGAGCGUGCUGCUGCUUGUCAGCGAGCCCACCACAGGCACAGCGCUGCGCAGCCAGGUUCAGACUGUCCUGGACCACUGUGAGGGGCUGGGCGUGCACCACAUCGCCAUCAAAACGAAUGAUAUCAUCUCAACCCUGCGCCAGAUGGCCGCCGCGGGCGCGACCGGCGGCUUUGAGCUGCUGCCCCCGCCACCGCCCUCUUACUACGACGCGGUCUGGCCAAAAAUGGUGGGCAGCGCGCACCACUGCCCCGCGCCGCUGCCCUCGAUGCACGUGCAGGUGCUGGAAACCUGA